CCAGUCAAGGCCUUUCACUAAAGCUUUAGGAGUUUUAAAACCUAGUCAUACAUAAGCCAAAAAUUACUACUUAUAUGGGUUACAUCACGAACUAACUUCAGUUACCCAACCUUUUAAAAUGAGGAAGGAUUAAACAGCUGUUUUAUCCUAAUAAUGAGUUUUCAAGAUUGCAUAUUAACAAUGUUUAGCAACUACCGAACCGUGGGACAUCCAGAUCUGACACUGAGCGUUUAACCUUGAGAGUGCUGAGUUAACGUCUAAUAAUUUACACGUUUAAAUCCAGUUAAUUGAUGAUAUUACAUGACUACUAUCCAGCGGAAUUAGUAAUAAUUAUUUUGCAUGAAAUAUGUUUAAAUUAAACUGGACUCGGCUUUUCACUAGAACUCGGGUGAUUAUCUCUUCAAAUUAAGCACUACUAGUCACAUAAUUACUGCUUAGAUACGGUAAUUUAUGAAAAUCAUUCAAUUUGGAUUUAUUCGAAUGUGUGAAUGAUAUCCAUUUUGGUACGAAAUGAUUACUGUCUAAUAUCAAAUCCAAAACUAAAAAAAUUAACUCAUUAACAAGGUCAUCAGGUAUAAGAUAAACUCUAAGCGUAUGAGCUAAUGAUAAUAAGUAAAAUUGAAUUAAGCCGAAAGUGUAAUAUUAAAACCUAAAUGAUGUCAUAAAGGUGAAGCGUUGCAUUGUAACUACACAGUUUAAAUCUAUCGUGUUGGUUAUGAGAAUUAAAAGUUUUAAUAAUCAUCUUGUGUAAAAGUAGGUUUUGGUACAUACAUUGAUCGGUAAUUUCAAGCUUUGCUUAAACAAAUAUCCGGGAUUCCUUGCUCACUCAGAAGUUCUCUAACUAAUGUCAAUUAGCAAUAAGAGAAUACAAAUGAUUGAUCAGUUAGUAGUGACCAAUAUCGCGGUUGUUUAAUCCUUUGAUUUUGAUAGAAUUUUAUCAGUUAAGUUAUAAUAUCGAUACUAAUAAAAAUGAACUGACACUAUGUGGAUUAUAUCAAGUUGGUUUUAGUCAGUUACCAGAAAACUGCUACGUCUAGGACUACAGUGCAAAGUCGUGAAUGGAGGACAGCUGGCAGAUGCAUUCCAAGUGAGGACCGGAGUCAGAUAAGACCGCCUACUUUCACCCUUUCUAUUUCUUCCGUUAGUUGGCUAGAUUAUGAAGACCUCAACAUCCGAAGGGAAUCCUGGAAUAAAAUGGACAGCUGGGAUCCUACUAGAUGAUUUGGAUCUCGCAGAUGACUUCGUCCUUCUAUCCCAUACACAUCAACAAAUGCAAGUGAAGACAAUUAGUGCACCAGUAGGCCUCAACAUACACAAGGGAAAAAGUAAGAUACUCAAAUACGACACAAAGAACACCAACCAAAUCAAGCCUAAUAGAGAAACUCUGAAACAGGUCAGCAUAGUCGACAAACGAGGAGGAGCCGAUGCAGACGUAAAGGCAAAGACUGGCAAUUCAAGGACGGCGUUCCUACACUUGAAAAACAUAUGCAACUCAAAACAACUUUUAACCAACUUUAAAGUCAGAGUCUUCAAUACGAACGUCAAGACUGUCCUACUGUAUAGAGCUGAAAAGUGGAGAACUACUACAACUGUCAUCAAGAAGGUACAAGUAUUUCCAAGCAACUGGCUACGUAAGAUACUCAAUGUUCGUUGGUCAGAUACUUUCAUCAACAGUCUACUAAGAAAGAGAAUAGACCAGUUUCCAGAUGAGGAGGAAAUCAGGGAAAGACUUGGGAUGUGGAUAGGAUAUACAUUGAAAAAAUCACCAAACUGCAUCUCGAAGCAUGUACCAAUUUGCAAUCCUGAAGGGUAGCAGAAAAGAGGAACACCAAAGAACAUACUGUUUCAGAAAUUAGAAGUAGAUAUGAAGAAAGUGAAUAACAACUGGAAAGACCUGUAAAGAAAUUGCUUGGGACAGAGUUGGA